CAUGGUAGCAGGUUCCCACCUUUCCCCUUUCAGGUUCUAUACCUCACCUUUUCCUCUUCUCUAUUUCGUUUCAAUUUUUUCCCCUCGACUCACAUUACCGUUCUACCCCUUUCACCUCCUUCAGAUCCAUCACCAAACACUCGCAAUCUCCAUUUUUAGGGUUUUAACAUUACCACACACACUCUCCCCCUCUCUUUCCUUUCUCACUGAUAUAAUUUUGCAUCAACUCACAAAAAUCGCUCAAUACCUGCAUACUUUCAACUCAUCUCAAUCUAGUCCUUCACAGGAUUAUUCCGUACAUAAGAGAGGUUAGUAAUUAGAUUUUAGGAGUUGUUUGCUACUAGGUAGAAAUGUUGGGGACGGGAUUGCAGUCAACGCGGAGGCGAGGAGGCGAGGAUCGGUUUUUUAAUGAUUUGAAAGCACGCAGGGCUCACCGGACCGAUCAGCUUCGUAGAGCACAAAGCGAUGUUACCGAUGAUAAACCAGUUGAGAACCUGACUGGUGGCUUCGAGGAUUUGACGAAACCGGAAAAAGUUUCUGUUCCGGCGUUUGAGAGUAAUUUGGAUCGGUUUUUGGAGUCGAUCACACCUUCUGUUCCUGCUCAGCAUCUCUCUAAGACGACAAUGCGGGGAUGGAGGACGUAUGAUGUGGAAUUUGAGCCGUAUUUUGUGCUGGGUGAUUUAUGGGAAUCUUUUAAAGAAUGGAGUGCUUAUGGUGCAGGAGUGCCUUUAAUUUUGAACGAUAGCGACUGUGUUGUUCAAUAUUAUGUUCCUUAUCUUUCUGGUAUCCAAAUAUAUGCUGAUUCUACGAAAAUGCCUCCCAAGCCAAGACAAUUGGGUGAGGAUAGUGACAGUGAUUUUAGAGAUUCAAGUAGUGAUGGAAGCAGUGAUUAUGAGCAUGAAAGAGGACUGAAAUGCUCAAGGGAACGAUGGAAUCAUUCUCAUGCAACUAAUGACUUGCCUCCUAGAAUGGAUGGAUUAUCAUUGAGAGAUCAACGUGGUGCCCAUCAAGAGGAUUUCUUCAGUGAUGAGGGUGAAUAUGUGAAUUCUCAAGGUUGCUUGCUAUUUGAGUAUCUCGAACAAGACCCUCCCUACAGCCGGGAACCAUUAGCUGAUAAGAUAUCGGAUAUUGCCUUCCGUUUCCCUGAGCUGAAGACUCGAAGAAGUUGUGAUUUAUUACCUUCGAGUUGGAUUUCUGUGGCCUGGUACCCAAUUUACAGAAUACCAACAGGACCAACCUUAAAAGAUCUGGAUGCUUGCUUCCUGACAUUCCAUUCUCUCUAUACCUCAUUGGGAGGUGGGCAAAGUGCACAGGCCCCUGUAAUGACGUAUUCCAAUGAAGUGGAUGGUCUGUCUGAGAUGUCCUUGCCUGUUUUUGGUCUCGCAUCCUACAAGUUCAAGGGGUCCUUGUGGACAUCCAAUGGUGAAUGUGACCAUCAGUUGUCAAACUCACUAUUCCAGGCUGCUGAUAAAUGGUUGAGAUUGCUUCAGGUCAACCAUCCAGAUUUCCUAUUUUUCUGCCGCAGUUGAUACAGAGAUAUGACUGUUACCACACUACUCCAGCUAUUAUACAAGUGAAGCCCAGUUUUACAUUGGUACAUGCACACACCUGACAUGUGAGUUAAUUUAUGGAGACCAUUAUGAUAAGUGGAUUUGGGUGGUCAUAUUCUAGUAGGUUUCCUGUUAUCUUUAAUAAUUCAUGAGAAGAGGGGGGUGAAAAAAAAUGCUGAGAAUGCUUUAGAAUGGAAGGGGUGCAAUUGCAACAAGGCUCAAGCAUAGUGAAUAGAAAAAAAAAUAGAGUUAGGAUAUGCUGCUGAAGGUCUGAUGAGCGAAACCAGGGUAAAGAGGUGGUUUGGCUUUGCUGUCAGCGUAACUAAGUUACGUCUAGCUUGUUUUCAAUGUUUUCUAUAAUGGGGUAUGUCAUGAUAAACCAGGCACUUUUUUUUGUCCUGAUUAUCCGUGUUUAGGAUGUGGUGUUUUAUUCAACAUCUGGAAGGGGAUGUUGGUAGGUUGUGUUUUCAAGUUUGAGCCUACCUCACAUAUGUAAUCCAACACUUUACUGUUGUGAUAUCCAUGAGGAGUAAUGUGCUGAAAUGGUUUUGUUA